AUGGAGGGCUUUGAUACGAUGGCGGCGCCGUACCUGGCCAGCCCAUUGUCAUUAGGGAAUUUGCAGGGGGCAGACUAUCUGAACGCGAUGUCGAGUUUGGAUAUGCCGGACCAUCGGUCCAACUUUGACACGGAAACAUUUGUGAGCGAUGACCUUGCCUUCGCCCCGUCGGGUCUACCACAUCAACUGAGGCCCUUUCCAUCUGUAUACGAUGACCCGUUCAACGAAAUGGUCCCGCCCUUUGAGCCCACGCCCCAGGAACAACCCCAGGAUUCGUCGAUCGACCACAACAACAAACUGCUGAGCUUCUCCCAACCCGUGUAUCAUUAUACGCUCCUGGACUACUCCGUGCGCCGCGCCCAUUUAUCAGUGUCCGCGCAGUUACAUGGCAUGUUCUUUCUGGCCGAAUCACCCUAUACAACAUCGCCCUCAGAAAACGCCCCGCCUCAGCAAGGCGCCGAGCUGACAUGCUAUCGUCGCAAUCUGUUCCAAAUCACGGGCUCGGUCACCUUGCCGCGCGGGCUGCGCUACAUCAUGACCGACCAGGGCCGCAUCCCGAUUCUCGCCCAGGAACUCACCGUAUCGGCGACGGAAUCGGUGGAAGGGAAUUCGGUCAAGAUCAUCUCAGUGCCCUGGAAGACCCCCUCGGCGGCCGCCGCCAACUCGGGCGUCGGGCCCGAGGAGAACAACCCGAGUACCGGCGCGAAGAUUGAGAAGGAACCACCUCCCAUCCCCCUCGACAUCAUGGCGGGCCAGGAUUUGGAUUCGGACUAUGCGACCUUCCCGAUUGCCUGGAAACGAUUGCAGUUCCGAGUGGCGACGGCCAACAAUGGCCGCCGGAAGGAACUCCAGCAGCACUUUGUCAUUCGACUCAAGGUGGUGGCCACCCUGUCGACCGGCGCGAAGAUUCCCAUCUCGGAGGUACAGUCGGGUCCCGUCAUUGUCCGUGGCCGCAGUCCACGGAACUUCCAGUCUCGCAAGGAUCUCCCCCUCAGCGGCAGUGCCGCUGCCUCCCGAAAGAACGCCCAGGCCAGCUCAGCCAACUCUUUGAAUCGCACCCCGACCAGCGAGUCCGUCGCCCGUCGCGCCAGUGUGACCCCGGCCAAAGCGAAAACAGCCGCACAGAGUAGCUCUCCGGAGACCACAUCAGUGCCUCCAUCUACUAUGAUGCAGCAAACCCACGCUACGCCAGACUGGACACCCAUCCCCCAAUCUACUUCCAACAACGUCAUGUCCCAUGCCCAGGCCUUGUUCCCUCAUUCGAGUCCAGAGCAGCUCUCCCAAGCGACAGAUUCACAACGGCGCGUGAGUUCCACUGCCGCUGCGCCGAUCAACUUGUCCCUGUUGGACGAGGAAGAGGGCGGGGACCCCAACCUCCAUUUCGACCAAAAGAUGGUCUCUCCCUUUGCCGCUGAGCUGUCACAGCAACGACCCCUCAGCCUGGACCAAACCGCUCCCCCUUCCAAGAUGCGCAAGCUUUCCCACGCCGUCUCCCAGACCCCAUCACGAAGCGCCGCUUCUUCCAUGCCGUUGUUGGAGAAUGCUAAUCUGCCCCAGUCUUUCGCCCCAGGGCUUCCAUUUCCCAAUGAAAGCAUAGAUCUACUCUACGAGUACUUCCCUCUGGGGCUGGAUGACUGGCAAGCCCCCGUUGACGCGGUCUAUCGCCCACAUGUGGUGCACCAUACUAAUAUGCCUGAGAUGAAAUUCGUGGCCUCACGAGGUCGCAGCAAACGAUACUUUGCCGCUGAAGAUGUGUUUUAA